UACAUUUACCAACUAUACAGGGUCAAAUAGGACACAUUAGAUAUACACAAGACUAAUUCGAUUCCGUGAUGAACAUACUGUAUCAAAGCUUUGAUUAAAGUUGAAAACAACUAUGUCUGCAGCAAGGACAAUGAUGUCACAAAAUGUGGCGAAGGAUAGAAUUGUUACAAAAUUCCCACAGGCAUUUCAUCCAGAUGCUACACCAUAUCAGAAGAUGAACUUUCACCCUAAGGUCAAGGCUGCAUGUACUGAUAAUAAGACAGGCAGAGUUGGGUUAAAGAUUUGCAAAGCUGUGUUAGUUGGUGAUGUGUCAGUGGGAAAGACUAGUCUUGUCAACAGAUUUUGCCAUGAUGUGUUUGACAGAGACUACAAAGCCACUAUAGGUGUAGAUUUUGAAGUAGAAAAAUUCAGUCUGUUAAAUGUGCCUUUCACAUUACAAAUCUGGGACACAGCAGGACAAGAAAGAUUUAAAUGUAUAGCAGCAUCUUAUUACAGAGGUGCUAAUGUGACAAUAGUUGUGUUUGAUUUGUCUGAUGAAUCUUCAUUAGCCAAUGUAGCACGAUGGAUGGACGAUGCUGCUGGGAACUCCUCUGAUCCAAUCAAAUUUGUCGUUGGUACAAAGAAAGAUUUAGUAUCGCCAGCUGCUUUUGAAUCAAUUGAACAGAAUGCAGUAGAAAUAGCUAAUUCAUUGGGAGCAGAGUUUUGGGCUGUGUCAUCCAAAACAGGUGAGAAUGUGAAAGAGUUUUUCUUCAGAGCAGUAGCAUUAACUUUUGAAGCAGCUAUUUUACGAGAGAUAGACACAUCAAGUGAUGGACCUACCAAACAGAUUGGUAAUGAUUUAAUCAAGGUAGACAAUGAAAAUGUGUUUGAAAGAAGAAGCAAGAAGAAUCCUUUAGGAAAAUGUUGUGAUAUGUAAACUCUUCAGUCUUCCAAUGUGCCAUCAAUAACAUUAGACAGAUACCAUCUUUAGUCCAAACCAGAAUCUUAUUGUAUUAUUUUGGGGUAUAAUGUCUAAUUUACAUAUCAUGUUCAAACAAGGAUCUUUCAUUUGUUAACCAUUUUACUUUCAAAUUAUCAUAUUUGUUUACAUUCUUGCAGGAGCAUUUAAAAUUUGUUAGCUGUUAAAUCCAUAAAUGCUAUGUAGAGGAGUGCUUCAUAAAAAACUUACCUUCAGAUUUAUCAUAGAUUAACCUGAACUUUUUUUUAGCAGUUUAAAAGCUUUUCUGAUAUAACUGACUUCUGCUAGAAAAAUGGUUAAUAAAUCAAUGGUUUCUGUAAUAUGCUAAGAUAUCACAUAAAGAAUUAUUGUGGUUUUUCAAAAGAAACAGAGAAAGUAAAGACAUUUAUAUUAAAACCAUAAAAACCAAUGUUUUAACCAGUUAUUCCAUAACAUUCUUAUAUAAAAGACAGUGUCUUUCACCUAGGAAUUUGAAGUUCAUUUAAAAUAUAAAUGUAUUGUAAAAGGUUAACUGUAAUUUUCUAUAAAAGGCCAAAUAGUGUACAUAUAUUUUUUGUAGAUUUCCUUAUAUGGAUUUUUUUAAGUUGUUCGUUAAGAAUUUAUUGUUGUUUUUUAAUAUACUUGUCAACAUAGAGA